GCAAGCUCCUCCCUUGUCUCUUGUCUGAAGAGGAUAAGGAGGAAGAGGAGGCAGCUCGCAAACUUGAAAACUCUCAUCCCCUGCGAGGGCCUCACGUCCGCCUUGUCUAGGAGCACAUCUGGCCCUGCUGGCUCACUCGCUCGGCUUCUUUCUUGACUUUUCUUCCUGCGGCCAUGAGGAGCGUUUGGGCGGCGACCUGCUUGCUCCUGGCGCUGUGGGGCGUCCUGCUGUGCCCCAGAGAGGCCGACGGGGGAGGGGGGGCCGAGGUGAGGGAGGCCCGGGGGCUGGCGGAGAGCCGGGGCACAGCCCGCCCCCGACCCGAGCCCGGGGCUGAACCGGCGGAGGCGGUCCAGCCCAAAGCCAAGAAGAAGAAAACGCCGCAGGAGGUGGAGGCAGCCAAAGCUAGGAAAGCGGCAGAGAAGGAGGCCAAGGCCAAGAGGCAGAAGAUGCCCAAGCCUACCAAAAAGCCCAAAGAGCCCAGUAAGAAACCCAAAGCCUCCAAGAAGCCCAAAGCGGGCAAAAAAGCCAAAGGCGCUACAACGGCGAUGCCAAACACCAGAGCGCCCACCGCACCCGCCACAGACGCAACGACCCGACACUUUUCCACCGUACGGCCCAUGUGGGAGGAGCCAGAAGAACCAGACCUGGUCAGGAGGAUCCCAGGUGGAGACAAAUCUGAGCUGAGCACGCUGGAGCCGAUGGCGUCCAUCCCAGAAGAGCCCACCGAGGUCCCCUUCGUCAUCCCCUGGUACGAGGAGUACGACUACGACGACCUCGCCAAGAAGAAGCAAGAGCAAGAGGAGGAGCAAGCGCGGCGGGAAAAGGCGGAAAAGGCGGAAAAAGCCGAGCGCCAGAGGAAGUUAUGGGAGGCGGAAGAGGAGGAGAGGCUGAAAAUGGCCUCGCAGGUGCCGGAACCCAAACAAUGUCCUCCUCUGGGCUUGGAGUCUCACCGCGUGGAAGACGACCAGCUGCUGGCGUCCUCGCAGUCCCAACACGGCUUCGGCGCUCACAGGGGAAGACUCAACAUGCAGGCUUCUGCAAACCAAGAAGAUCUUUACGGGGGCGCCUGGUGCGCCGAGCCCGAGGAGACCAACAGCUGGUUGGAGGUGGACGCUCGACGGGAGGUGGAGUUCUCGGGCGUCAUCACGCAGGGAAGGAACUCUGAGCAGCUCGACGACUUUGUGUCGUCCUACUUUGUGGCCUUCAGCAACGACAGCCGCGACUGGAGCGUCCUUCACGACGGCUACGCCGAGUGGUUGUUCUACGGGAACGUGGACAGAGACACUCCGGUACUGAACCAGUUUUCUUGGCCGGUGGUGGCGCGCUACAUGCGGAUCCUGCCGCAGAGCUGGAACGGCAGUUUGUGUCUCCGAGCCGAGAUUCUGGCCUGUCAGCUUCCCGACAGCCACCGGAGCGAGGAGCAGGUCCAGUCUUCCGACGAGCUCGACUUCCGCCAUCACAACUACAAGGACAUGAGACAGAUGAUGAAGGUGAUCAACGAGGAGUGUCCCGACAUAACCAGGAUCUACAAUGUCGGCAAAAGCUCCCAGGGUCUGAAGAUGUACGCCAUGGAGAUCUCCGACAACCCCGGGGAGCACGAGACGGGAGAACCGGAAUUCCGAUACACCGCGGGUCUCCACGGUAAUGAGGUGCUGGGCCGGGAGCUGCUCCUCCUACUGAUGCAGUUCCUAUGCAAGGAGUACAAGGGGGGAAACUCUCGAGUGCGCCGCCUGGUGGAUGGAGUGAGGAUCCAUCUGGUGCCGUCCCUCAACCCCGACGCGUACGAGGUGGCCUUUGAGGCGGGAUCUGAGAUGGGCAACUGGGUUGUGGGCCACUGGACUGCGGAGGGCUAUGACCUUUUCCAGAAUUUCCCAGAUCUCAACAGCAUUCUGUGGGGGGCGGAGGAUCGCGGCUGGGUCCCGCGCUUUGUACCCAACCAUCACAUUCCCAUGCCGGAGCACUUUCUCAACGGAUCCAUGGCUGUGGAGACCAAAGCCAUCAUUUCCUGGAUGGAGCGCACACCCUUUGUGUUGGGAGCCAACCUGCAAGGCGGCCACAAGCUGGUCACGUACCCUUUCGACACGCAGCGGCCGCAGAUUUCGAUGAGCGACGACGGCCGCCGCUGGAAGGACGGCGACGAGAUGAACGAGGAAACGUGGGCCCGCAUUCAGCGUCAGAAGGAGGGCGCCCUGCGGGAGACGCCCGACGAGGUCAUGUUCCGCUGGCUGGCUAUGUCCUACGCCCACAGCCACCUGACCAUGACCGAGGUCCAGCGCGGCUCCUGCCACGGCGACGACGUCACCGGGGGCCAGGGCAUCGCCAACGGCGCCGGCUGGAAGCCCGUGGUGGGAAGCAUGAACGACUUCAGCUAUCUUCACACCAACUGCCUGGAGAUCUCCAUUUUCCUUGGCUGCGACAAGUUUCCGCACGAGAGCGAACUUCCUCUGGAGUGGGAAAACAAUCGCGAGGCUCUGCUAUCCUUCAUCGAACAGGUGCAUCGCGGCAUCAAAGGUGUGGUCCGAGACACGGAGGGCAACGCACUGGGCAACGCCACCAUCUCCGUGGAGGGGAUUCGCCAUGACGUCAUCGCCGCCCCGGGCGGCGACUACUGGCGUCUGCUGAACCCCGGCGAGUACCGCGUGACGGCCAGGGCCGACGGCUACACGUCGCAGACCCGCCUUUGCGUGGUGGGCUACGACGCGGGCGCCACGUCCUGCAGUUUCACCUUGGCCAAGUCCAACUGGGACCGCAUCAAGCAGAUCCUGGCGCUCAACGGCAACCGGCCCAUCCGCGUGGUGGCCAAGGCCGCCGCCACCCCCACGGCGCCCGGCGCCACCGUCUCCCCGGAGGAGAAGCACGCCUCCGCCCAGCGAGCCGAGCGGCUGCGCCGGCUGAGGAUCCUGCGGCUGCGCCGGCUACGUCUGGAGAAGCAACGGCCCGGCCUCAGGACCCCGCCCCCGACCACGGCCGCGACGAGCGCUGCCACCACCAGCAGCAGCCCCACGCGGAAGCCCCAGACCACCACUUCCUGGUACGACUCCUGGUUCCCCGUGGACAACUUGUCCACCGAGAAUCCCUUUGACAGCAUCAUCUUUGACUCGGGGCCCACCGAGGACUACCCCUUUCACUUCACCAUCGACUGAAAGGAAAGACAACUGGCCAUUUCCUUUGCUCAUCUAAGCACGCCACUCGAAUCAAUCGACAUUUCACUUCUAAAAGCGUGACGCAAGCUCCACCCGGCAAGACCUCUCCGCACCGCACCGCACCGCACCGCGUCACUUGAAAAACAAAGAUGGCUGUUCAUUAACCAA